UAAUCAAAGUGUCCAUACAUGAAAGCUUGUGCUCUGUUUCUCUCUCCUUCUGAUUUUGCCAAAAUGGUCCAAAUUUAAAUAUGGGCGUUGCAGAGCACUCUGAUAAUUGCCCGUGAAUCCACUCAGAAAAUAUCUAUUUCCUCUCGAUUCUCUCACCCCAAAUGUGCCAGAAACGUACUCGAGAACCCAUCUUCUACUUUCUGCUGCACUCUCUUAUUUAUCUGUCAUAAUUUUUUUUUCUUAUUAGCCAAACCAAAGGCCCUGAUUAACUGGGUUUUUCAGGCUCUUUUACGCAACCAUCCCAGCUUCCUGAUCUUCUUCACUUACCGUCUAAAAUCUGGACUACCCUUCACUUCCUUAUAGUGAAAGAGAAAAUAAAUGGGUAAUUUUGAAUUCUUUGUAUCUUUAUUUCUUCUGUUUGUUGUUGUUGAUAGGGUUUUGCCAAGAGCAGAAUCCAAGACGUACUGGGGAGAUAUAGAGGUGUUGAAACAACUGAAAAAUGGAGUAGACCCGAAAUCGGUGAGUCCAGGUUCAUGCUUGAGUUCCUGGGAUUUUACAGUAGACCCAUGUGACAACCUCUUCGGUGAAAGAUUCACCUGUGGUUUCAGGUGCGACCUUACAGUUUCUGGGUUAAGCCGAGUAACGGAAGUUAGUCUUGACUCGGCUGGUUAUGCUGGUUCUCUCUCUUCUGCUUCCUGGAAUCUCCCUUACUUGCAAACCCUUGACCUCUCGUACAAUUUCUUCUCCGGAUGGAUUCCAGGGUCACUCGCCAACCUGACUCGGUUAACUCGACUCGGUCUUUCAAGAAAUACGUUAUCCGGUGAGAUACCUUCCUCGAUUGGAUCGUUGUCUAGCCUUGAAGAACUGUACCUCGAUAACAACAACUUACAAGGCCCUCUUCCUGCUAGUUUCAAUGCUCUUGUUAGCUUGAAAAGGCUCGAAAUUCAAUCAAACCACAUCUCUGGUGAGUUACCCGAGUUGGGUUCAGUCAGAAACCUGUAUUUUCUUGAUGCAAGUAACAAUGCCAUUUCUGGGUAUCUCCCUCCAACGCUGCCACCUUCUUUAGUCCAGGUUUCCAUGAGAAACAACACGAUUGAAGGCAGGAUCCCUCAAAGUCUUAAAUAUUUGAGCUUUUUGCAAGUAUUGGACCUGAGUCACAACAAACUCACCGGCUCAGUCCCUUAUUUCCUCUUUAACCACCCAUCUCUCCAACAACUCAUUCUCGCAUUCAACUCCUUCAAUUCUGUACAAUCUCCCUCUAAUCUAGGCACCCAAAGUGAGCUUAUUGCCGUUGAUUUGAGCAAUAACGAGCUCCAAGGCUGGUUACCUCCUUUCUUGUCAUUAAUGCCAAAGCUGUCAGCUUUAUCCCUAGAAAAUAACAAGUUUUCGGGUAUGAUCCCAGCCCAGUACGCAUUGAAAACGGUUCUACCUGGAUCCGGAAUUGCCCCGUUUGCAAGGCUUUUGCUUGGAGGGAACUACCUGUUCGGACCAAUUCCAGGGCCUUUACUGUUACUCAAACCAGACACUGCUAAUGUUAGCAUUGCUGACAACUGCUUGAUUAGGUGUCCAUUGCGUUUCUUUUUUUGCCAAGGUGCAGACCAGAAAUCUUUAAUGGAAUGUAAGAGAUUUAGUCCUGCAAUCCCUUGAAUUACAGCAACGGUUUUUUUAGUAGAAAUAUUGAUGUGUUUCUUCCUCGACUAUUUUUUUUUCUCUAUUUUUCUAGUUGGUCUGUUAGUUUUCAGCUUGUUAGUGGGAAAUCCAAAAAUCUUUUCAAGCUAAUGGACUUAGUAAUCAUGGGAAAAAGGUUCUAAAACGGUAAACAUGACCAAAUCGAAUAAAAUGUACUAGAUGUUUUUGUCUAUUCUCUGACAAAUGGAUGUUUUUCUCACGUGGUCUUAUGGGGCAUGGGGUAUACGCACAUGAAAAAGAUGGAACUUUUGGAUCCUACUUGUCCUCUAAAUCCGAGGCUUAUCAGAUGGGCUCAGAUCACAGCCUACCUUUUUCGGUUUAUUUAUGCACAUUUUGGUCCGAUUAGGGCCUUAUUUCACGAUUUUGUGGCUUGGGUUGAUAAAUUUGAUUGG